AUACCAAACACACCCAUAAUCCAUGUGUUACUCAUCAAUGCAAUUCGAAAUUCAAAAUAAAGAGGGGGAAAAACCAAACCGUGCUUUAACGCUCCCCCACAAAUACUCCAAAUCCCUCUCUCUCUCACACACUCUUUCCUCAACAUCUUCCAAAUGGAGAAAUACGAGAAAUUGGAGAAAGUUGGUGAAGGAACUUAUGGAAAAGUAUACAGAGCAAAGGACAAAGCGACAGGACAACUGGUGGCUCUGAAGAAAACUCGGCUUGAAAUGGACGAAGAAGGCAUACCGCCUACUGCUUUAAGAGAGAUCUCGCUUCUUAAGAUGCUUUCUCAUUCUCUCUACAUUGUUCGUUUGCUGUGUGUUGAGCAUAUUGAUAAAAAUGGGAAACCCUUUCUUUACCUUGUUUUUGAGUAUUUGGAUACUGAUCUUAAGAAGUUUAUUGAUUCACAUCGGAAAGGACCUAAUGCUAGGCCCCUUCCUCCUUCCCUUAUCCAGAGUUUCUUGUAUCAAUUGUGCAAAGGGGUUGCUCAUUGCCAUAGCCAUGGAGUUCUCCACAGAGAUUUAAAGCCGCAGAAUCUUCUAGUGGACAAAGAGAAGGGUAUACUUAAGAUUGCUGAUCUGGGUCUUGGAAGGGCGUUUACUGUACCCAUGAAGAGUUACACCCACGAGAUUGUUACUCUAUGGUAUAGAGCUCCUGAAGUUUUGUUGGGAUCUACUCAUUACUCAACUGCUGUUGAUAUGUGGUCUGUGGGUUGUAUUUUUGCUGAGAUGGUUCGAAGGCAAGCCUUGUUUCCUGGUGACUCUGAGUUUCAGCAAUUGCUUUACAUAUUCAGGCUAGUAGGAACUCCAACUGAUAAACAGUGGCCUGGAGUUACUUCACUCCGCGACUGGCAUGUUUAUCCACAAUGGGAACCUCAGAACUUGGCCUCUGCUGUUCCAGCUUUGGGACCUGAUGGUGUGGACCUCCUUGCGAACAUGCUCAAAUUUAAUCCAGCAGAUAGGAUUUCAGCAAAAGCUGCCCUUGAUCAUCCAUACUUUGACAGCUUGGACAAGUCUCAAUUCUGAGGAUUCCUGUACUCCCGAAGAUCACCUGUAAGGAUCACUUGCAUCACUUGUUUAGGAUGUUCUCUGUCCUGAAUGAAGGAUAUCGUGUCUUGGUGAUUUGAAAUUUGCCAUGUAAUGACUUUCAUAUCACUGUACUGUUCUGACUCACUUGUAGUUAUUACAACGCUUUGAGGAACCAAACAAAUUAUGUUCUCUGAGUAGAGAAUACAAGUAUUCUCGUAAAUUGAUGAUAAAAUGGAUCAUAGCUUUCUAUA